CCCCUCCUCGCAUCGCGGUAUGACCGCCAACCCAAUCCGACCAAGCCGAUACAGACCCGGGAAACCGAUCGCCGAAGAGCCCUCUUCCUCAGAAGAGGAAGAAGAAGACGACGAGGCAGAGCAAGAAAAGAUCCGAGAACAAGAGCGGCGCAGAUUAGAGGAACAGCGACGGAGACAGCAGAGGCUACAGGCGCCGAAGGCGACUUCGUUCCCUGGCGCGGCGGCUACAGGGAAAAUUACACAGGGAGUUCAGGAUGUUAGGAUUGAGCAGGGGGAUGAGGACGAGGAAGGGUUUGUGACUGAGGAAGAAGAGGGAGAGGAAGAAGAAGAAGAUCAAGAGGAGGGUAGGGGAGCGGCAAAGGCAGUAGAGGCUGCUGAGGCUGUGAAGCAAGUAUCGGGGUCUGUCGGGGGGGUAGCGAAACCGGAGGAAGAAGAAGAGGAGGAGGAAGAGGAAGAAAGUUCCGAGGAAGAGAGCAGCUCUGAAGAUGAAGCUCCCCGACGAGUUCUUUUACGGCCUACAUUUAUCAAAAAGGAUAAACGCGCGAAUGGCGCGAACGAACAGCAGGCACAGGUUUCAUCGGUUGAUUCGAUGGCAGAAACAGAGGCAAAGAAAGCCCAACGACAGGAGAAAGCGGAUGCGCUUGUUCGAGACCAGAUCGAAAAGGAGGCUAUCGCGCGAAGUGCCGCCAACAAGGCUUGGGAUGACGACGAGGUCAUAGAAGGGGAGGAAGGCGCUAUCGAUGAUACAGAUGGGAAGGACCCCGAGGCGGAAUAUGCCGCGUGGAAACUUCGGGAGCUCAAGCGUAUUAAACGAGAGCGCGAGGCGAUUGAGGCCGCAGAAAAGGAGCGCGAGGAGAUCGAACGUCGUCGUAACCUCACCGCUGAGGAGCGCGAACGCGAAGAUAACGAAUUUAUCGCCAAGCAGAAGGAUGAUAAAGACGCUGCCCGUGGGCAGACCGGAUAUAUGCAACGCUACUUCCACAAAGGCGCUUUCUUCCGCCCUGACCUUGAAAAAGAGGGGCUCGAUAGACGGAACGUUAUGGGCGCCAGGUUUGCAGACGAUGUUGCCCGAGAGACUUUGCCACAAUACAUGCAGAUCCGUGACAUGACGAAGCUAGGAAAGAAGGGCCGCACAAGGUAUAAGGAUCUUAGAUCGGAGGACACCGGGCGAUUUGGUACUGGCUUUGACAGCAGACCCCGUCGCCAGGGCGAUGCUCCUAUUGGCAUUACCGACGAGCGCUUCUUACCCGAUCGCAGGGAUGACCGUCCUGCGGGUCCAACGGGUGCAAAUGCUUCUACAGUCCGUGAGAGGCGUAGGUCGAGGUCUCGUUCGGGCUCACCCAGACGGGACCGUCGAGACAGAUACGAAGACCGUGACCGAAGCCGUUCUCGGGAUAGAUAUCGCCCAGAUGCUAGCAGUCGCAGGAAACGGAGUCCUUCCCCCUACGAAGAUCGAGACAAGCGAAGGCGAAUGCGAAGCGUGUCUUAAUUGGUGACUGAUCGAGAUAUACCCCAAGCAAAAAAAAAAAAAAAAAAAAACACAUUCUUUUCUUACUGGCGUUGGGUAUAAUUCAAAGCAUGGGUGGCCUAAGGUUAUGAUGCAUGACAUUGUAAAAAUAAUACAUUUUGACAUAUCAUCCAACUUAUAUAUU